AUGACCCACAUGAUGACCCACAAGAAGAUGACUCACAAGAAGAUGACCCACAAGAAGAUGACCCACAAGAAGAUGACCCACAAGAUGACUCACAACAAGAUGACCCACAAGAUGACCCACAAGACGACUCACAAGAAGAUGACCCACAAGAUGACCCACAAGACGACCAACAAGAUGACCCACAAGAUGACUCACAAUAUGUGGUGUACGAUAUUAACACAUUCACACAUUCUUUACUAACUCACAAGAAGUAA